AUGUGUCAUAUUUUGGAGGAAUCAUAUCCCAUUAUUAGUCUAUCAUUAAUUAACAAGAGAAAUCAUUUUGGUAUUUUUUUUGCUGAUUUAGGAACUAGUCCUCUUUAUGUUUUUGCUGAUGUCUUCACCAAGGUUCCAAUUGAAUCAGAUGUUGAUGUCUUGGGGGCAUUAUCAUUAGUCAUGUACAGAAUAGCACUUCUUCCACUACUCAAAGCAAAUGACAAAGUUGAAGGAGGAACAUUUGCACUAUACUCUUUGAUUUGUAGAUAUGCAAAUGUGAAUAUGCUUCCAAAUAGUCAAGUAGCUGAUGAACACAUCUCUAAUUUUAGGCUUCAACUUCCCACUCCUGAGUUGAAAAGGGCCUUAAACAUAAAGCAGACUUUGGAAAGAAAAUCAACUUUGAAAACUCUGUUGUUGCUUCUGGUUCUACUAGGAACUUCCAUGGUUAUUGGAGAUGGUAUUCUAACACCAGCUAUGUCAGUGAUUUCUGCCAUAAGUGGACUGCAAGUGAAAUAAAUUGGAUUGAUCAAAGUGACAGUCCUAGUGGCUUUGUUCAGCAUACAAAGAUUUGGAACCAGUAAAAUGGGUUUCAUGUUUUCUCCUAUACUUGCUUUAUGGUUCAUUUAUCUUGGUUCUGUUGGAAUUUAUAAUAUAACAAAGCAUGAUAUAGCUGUUUUGGGAGCAAUCAAUCCAACUCAUAUUUAUUUCUUUAAGAAUGGCAAAAAUGCUUGGUCAGCUCUCGGUGGUUGUGUUCUUUGUGUUACAGGUUCAGAAGCAAUGUUAGCUGAUCUGGGCCAUUUUUCAGUAAGAGCAAUAUUUUUGAAAAUUUCCUUCACUUGUAUAGUAUUUCCUUGUCUCCUCCUUGCUUAAAUGGGCCAAGCUGCUUAUUUGCUGAAGAACCCUACUUCUUAUUCAAAUAUAUUCUAUUCUGUUCCAAGUAGUCUCUUUUGGCCAGUGUUUGUGAUUGUUACACUUGCUGCUAUGAUUGCUAGCCAAGCAAUGAUAUCAGCUACAUUUUCAUGCAUAAAACAAUCUAUGGCUUUAGGGUGCUUUCCUAGGCUCAAGAUAAUUCACACCUCAACAGAGUUCAUGGGACAAAUUUACAUCCUUGUGAUUAACUGGUUUCUUAUGGUCACGUGUAUAUUUGUUAUUUCCAUAUUUAGAAGCACUACUGAUAUUGCAAAUGCAUAUGAUAAAGUUCCUCUCAUCUCAAUAUUCCAAGUUCACAAUUGUGAUGAUUACUAA